CUAACACUGAACCGUAGAAAUAUGAAAUAAAGAGCAAAUGAACAAAGCAAAAAGGGCCGAAGGCAAUAAGAAAAGGAGCCACUGCAUUUAAAAGGGUAUAUCUGGUUAAAUUAGGUGGGAAAUGUGGGUUUUGCCAUUGCAUGAACGCCACACGUUGGAUUUCCGUAGUCAAAAAACGCAUUAUACUUUCUUGUUCAUGGAUGUGAUCGCCUAAAUGUUUCUCUUUUAUUUUAUCCAUUAAAAAAUUGUUCCCAAACUUCCAAACCCAUGCCAUUGCCAUGAUUUUAAGUGUUUUUUUUUUUUUUAACCUUUACCCAUUAUGAAACAGGAACCUUAAGCUUUAACCAACCAAAAGGCAAAAUUUUCUCAGCAGAAAGAACUAAGCUUGCAUCUGAUACUCCCUAAAUAUGUAAUGGCAUAUGAUUAUUGAGCUGUCUUUUCCUUUUUUGUGUUCCUGAAAAAAAACAAAGCCUAGAGUUCGCUUAAUCUCCUUCUCUUAUGUGUAACCUCCCCUUCUGUUUUUAUUUAUAACUCCCUUCUAUUUUUAGAAUUUCUCUUUCUCUCUCCCUCUCUCUGGCGUGAAGGAACCAAACCAAAACUUUGGUAAACAGAAAAAAAAAACAGAGUCAGGGUGUUAUACGGUGUGAAUCAUACAGCCCGGGAUUUGGCAUUCAAAUUUUAAACUUUAUGUAACAAGAGGCAAUUUUGUUUAUUGGAUUUUAGAAACAUAUAUAUUGGAAGGUUUCAUGAUUUGGAUAGUUAUAGAAUCUGAGGAUCAAGAGCAAAUAAAAGGGAACCCGUUUCAUAUCUUGGUGUAAUUUAUAAUAAGGUCUAAUUUUAAGAGGAUGGUAUCUUGUAGAUUCUGCAAAAUAAGUGAAAAGGUGUGAUUUUUUAAAAAAAUCUUGGUCAUGGCUGACAAUUUAAGGGAGGAGAGGUUUGGUUUUAAUUGGUGAAAUGAGCAAUUCAAAAUGAGAUAAAAAAAGUGUUUAGAAAUGGAAACCAAGGAAGAAGCUGAAGGACAUGAAGAACAGUCACCAUCACCCUAUUGGGAAUUAAACCGUCUUUUUGAGGAGGAGGAUAUGAAAGUGGAUGGAGAAGCACAGAAUCCCGUGCACACAGGAAGCUCAGAUCCUCCAAGGCUUCCGCCAUUGGGGCAUAGGCGCAGUCAGAGUGAACUUCCAGGUACAGGACACCGGCGUAACAAUAGUUUCCAGAGAUUGAAAACUCAUAUGCAGAAGGCUUGGCGAUGGGGUGGCAAUUGCCGGGACGAAAAGCACCGGCCAAGCUUCAAUCCUGAGGUUUUGGCAAACCAGAAACGCCAGUGGUAUCAACUCCACUCCAAAACUAUGGAUCAGAUUAAAUAUGAGCAGCCCAAAUCAAUCUUUGAGCACUUCAUUAUUGUUGGGAUUCAUCCAGAUGCUAAUCUUGGGACUGUAGAGGAAGCCUUUGCUAAGAGGAAAAAAUGGGAGAUGGAGAUGAAAAAAUCUGGAGUCAUAGAUCUUAAAUUGCUACGGCAUCGGGGACCUCCACUUCCAACAUUUGAACCUCAGAUUCUUUUUAGAUACCCUCCUGGGAAGAGGUUAGGUAUGCGGUUGAAGGACUUAGCCACCUUUUGUUUUCCUGGGGGUGUUAAGGCACGGUUGCUGGAAAGAACUCCAUCAUUUAGUGAUCUAAAUGAGCUUCUUUAUGGACAGGAGCAUUUGGGCAGAGAUGAUUUUGCUUUUAUUUUUUCACUAAAGGUGGAAGGCAAUGCUACAGUUUAUGGUGUUUGUUUGCAUGUACCAGAACUUGUACAGAGACAGCCUGGUAUUUUAGGUGGUACAUCACCUCUUUCCGCAUCUUCUGGAGCAUUUAUGGUUUCUGCCCCUCGCUGCUAUUGUUUGCUAACUAGAGUGCCUUUCUUUGAGUUACACUAUGAGAUGUUGAACAGUAUCAUUGCACAGGAGCGCCUGAAUCGAAUAACAGAAUUUGUUAAUGAAAUGUCUCUGUCUCUCAAUGAUUAUGUCCCAUCUGUCUCCAAACUUGAUGAUCAAAUAAAUGACAACAAUGACUCUCCCAACGUUGAGUAUGUUAAUGAUUGGAUGGCUUCUGCAAUACCUGUUAACAGUGCUGUAGCUCUUAGUGCCACUACGGCUGGAGUAAUCCCUGAUGAUGAGCUUUCAUCUGCUUCACUAAAGAUAAGUUCACCUCAGUCACCUGAAAGCGUAACUGCAAGUGAGGCUUCAGAUUUGGGUCACAUUAGGGAAAUAGAGAAGGAUGGUAGGAAGAAUGUGCUAUAUAUUGAUGAUAAUUUAUCUGAAGCCUCAGAAAAUCGUUCUGAUGCUUCAGAAAGAAUAAAUGGCAACUACGAAAAUGGACAAAUUUCUCCUGAGAUUGGAACAUUCGUCGGCUUGAGGAGUCGUACUUCGGAGCGUCUUGGGAGUUCUCCAGUCUUAUUCAGUCCAGCUAGAAGCCUGGCAUCAGAGGAUGAGGACGAGGAUGAUGACCUUUUCUCGAAUCAUGAAAAAGAUUUUGGAGAUGACUUAAUAUUGGAGUGGGCUAGGGAAAACAAAAAUGAUCUUCUACAGAUAGUUUGUGGUUAUCAUGCUUUAUCUCUUCCUCCACGAGGAAGUGAAAUAGUUUUUCAGCCUCUUGAGCAUUUACAGGCUAUUGAGUAUGUGAGACCUCCGGUUUCUGCCCUUGGAAUGGAUGAAAGUUAUUCAUUUGAAGCUGCUGAGGUCAAUGCAAAGUUGGCAGCAGCUGAGGAAGCUCUUGCACUUUCAGUAUGGACAACUGCAACAAUUUGUCGAGUUCUCUCUCUUGAUAGUAUUUUGGCAGUGGUUGCAGGAGUAUUACUGGAAAAACAGGUUGUAGUACUUUGCCCCAAUCUGGGUGUUCUAUCAGCUGUGGUGUUAUCCCUUGUUCCUUUGAUUCGGCCGUUUCAGUGGCAGAGUUUAUUGCUUCCAGUACUGCCGAUGAGGAUGCUUGAUUUUCUUGAUGCACCUGUUCCUUUUCUUGUUGGCGUACAACAUAAACCCACUGAUUUGAAAAUGAAAACAUCUAAUCUUGUUCAAGUUAAUUUGCUCAAGAAGCAGGUGAAAACAUGCCACUUGCCUACACUUCCUCGACAUAAAGAGCUUGUAUCUGAACUAGGGUCAAUACAUGCCAGACUCUCAUUUGAAGGUUCAAUUGCUAAAAAGCAUCCUACAUAUAGGUGCAAUGAAGUGCAGGCUGAAGCUGCAACCCAAUUUUUGACAGUCAUGAGGCAAUACCUGGAGUCACUUUGUGCAAAUCUGAGGUCUCAUACUAUUACUAGUGUACAAUCAAACCAUGACAGGGUUUCCUUACUACUUAAAGAUAGCUUUAUUGAUUCUUUUCCUAGUAAGGACCGGCCAUUUAUUAAGCUAUUUGUAGACACACAACUAUUCACCGUACUAUCAGACUCACGGUUGUCAAGCUUUGAGAAUGAGCACUAACUUAAUCCCAUUAACAGGUAUGUUGCAUCAGGUGAAAUUUUCUAGAUGCAAAAGUCCUUCGGGUAUAAGGUAUUAAGUUUAGCCUGAAGGGCGAUGGCCUCUGAAACUAUUGGUAGUGACCCUAAGCCAUGUCCAAUAACAGGUGCAGAGCCAUAAAAUGUGAACUCACUUGCAGCAAAAGGUUUCCAAAAUGACUUUUGUAACAUGAUAUUAACAAUAAUUCGGAAUGCCACACGAGUGAUUAUGUCUGUUGUAUUGCGUAGUGCAUACAGCAAACAACCAGUCAUCAUCCUGAUAUUUUAUGGGGAUGUGAUGCUUAGGAAAUCAGAGAUGGGUUUUACUUACAAAUCCUUGUACAUGUCAAUAGUUUAAUUGAACAGUUUAUAGAGCAACUCAUAUUCUUGGUCAAGAUAUUUAGCUUUCUUUGUUCUGGAAUCAUAUGUUGCUUAAUAGCCACAUUUUUGUUUUGGUUGCAUACUUGCAUCUUUGUUUUCUUGAUUUAUGACAACCCUUUGUACUAAAGGCAGAACUGUUGGGGUGUAUUUUUGUUAACUGCUUAUGGCAUGGAAUUAGAGGCUUUCAUCCAGUCCAAUCUAAAACAGUUUCCACAGAGUAUAUGUAAAUAAGCUGAAGCUAACCUGCAAA